AUCGAUGUCAAUUCUAUGAAUCACUUAUGUUCGCCAUUGCCACCACUUGACAGCGAAAGCGACAUUAAUGUGUGUUUCUUUGUCGCUUCCGCUGGUUCCACUCAUCCAUCAGCUACUGAUUGGUCGAACACUACGGUUGCACCGACAGGCCCCAGCACCACACGCGCCAGCCGAGUGGUCAGUGGGAAGCGAUGCUUGAAUACAGCACACACUACAGACAGCCCGCUCCGUCGUCCAAAUCCGAAGAUGCACUGGAGACACACCCAACAAUACAGCAUACUGAGUUGAUCAGCAGCACCCAUUAUGUGUUCUUCCUCGAGCGAAGGCCUGGCUGAUGCCAACCCACGCGACGAAGGGCUGGCUGCCAUCGUUCAGCACAACGGCGACUCGCAAGGACACCGUCAGUCAUACAGAAGGACGUACUGGUGGUGCACCCCUCGACAGCUGCGUGUGGCAUCCGUCUGAGCAGGGUGUGCAGGUGAUGCAUGACCUCAUUUCUGAUAAGUGACACACACAUGACACGCAAGAGACACAUAUGGCCACAAACAAAUACCAAAGAGACUCACGUAACGCACCUGCGAACCAAAUGGGCGAUGAACGACGACAUGGACAAAUAUUUUGUAUCCCAGCCAGGCAGCCACACCACAGCCGAUUGACAGCGAAUGCGGCUGCUGACCGGGGGGGCGUUUUCUUGUCGGUGCCGCUGGUAGAGGUGGUUGGCAGCGAGAGGCAAGUCAGGGUCUCUGAUGGCUCGGAGUAUGUCGCCAUGCUGGAACAGUUGGCCAAGCUCGUCACGCGACAUGUCCAU